AUGGAUUAUGAUGACAAUGACUUUCAAAGCCAGAAUCUCCAUUUAGCCGGUGAAGGGAGUGCCAAAUUUCCUCCAGUGUUAAGGCCAUAUCCUCUCCCCAAGUUUGAUUAUGAUGAAAGCCUUCAAGGUCAUUUAAGGUUUGAUAGUUUGGUUGAUACUGAAGUUUUCCUUGGCAUUGAAAGUAACGAAGAUAAUCAGUGGAUUGAUGCAUACUCCCGUGUAAGUAGUGGCAUAGAGUUCAAUUCAACUGAAGCUGAAACUUGCUCUAUAUCAAGGCAUAAUAAUGUUUGGUCUGAGGCGACUUCCUCAGAAUCUGUUGAAAUGCUAUUAAAAUCUGUUGGACAGGAGGAAUUUGUCCCUAGAGAAGCUGUUAUACAGGAAUCGGGUGCCUGUGAUGAACUUGCAUGCUUAGUCAACCAAAUGGAUCCCUAUUUGAAAGCUGAUGAGAAAAUUGAGUUUAAAGAUAGUGUUGCCGAUACACAGUCACCUAGUUGUAUUCAUGAAAACUUGUCCGUAUCAAAAGAGGAUGCAGAAAUGGAGCAGUCUCUCGCUGGAGUUUCCCAAGGCUGUGAAGGCAAACCAUCAAUAGAUGGAAGUUUAAAUAAUAUGGAAUCACCUGAUAUUCAUCGUCAUAUUGACCUACCCGAGUCUGGGGGGAUUCCCUUUACUGAUGGUAAAUAUGAUGAAACAAACCAAAUGAAAGUUGAAACUCCAGCUGAUGCUUUUCUCCAUGAAAAAACUAACAAUAACUCAUCUGCGUCUGUGGUCACGACUAAAAUGAAUGAGACACCCACAGAGAAUAUCCCUUCUACUUGUGAAGUCUUAAAAAUUCAAAAUAUGCAAAAUCAAAUAGUUGCUAUUGGUGAUGACAACCAAAGUUCUUUGCAAUCACAAACUAGUAAGCAGGAUUUGGAGUCUUAUGUGAAGAACAAAAAUUCUGAUCUUGGCACUCAAACUUUAGAUGUCAGUGCGGUUGAGGCUGAAGCAAAUCAGUCUGAUAAUCCACUUUGUUUAAUCCAUAGGGAAGACACUUUGGAAGGUGAGAGUGUAGUUGAUGGCCUGGCGACUGGGAUAAGUACUUCAGAGAAAUCCUUGAACACUGUAUCUAAUGAUAUUUCUAACCUUCAGAAAACAGAAAGAGAAAGUAAAGACGCAUGUUUUAGAGAUUUAUCCCAGAGAAUUGCUAAUAUAGACACGUUAUUGAUUAAAGAUCCUGUGGCGGGUGAUCAAUCUGCACCAAAUACAAGCAACGUUCCAAAGAUUGCAAUAAAAGAUGAUUCUAGUUCUGAAGGGGAAGAUGCAUGUUUUAGAAAUUUAUCUCAAGGAAAUGCAAAUAAAGAUGCUUUUUUGAUUAAAGGUCCUUUGACAGAUUAUCAAUCUGCACCAAGUACAAGUGACACACCAAAGAUUGCCAUAGAAGAUGAUUCUAGUUCUGAGGGGCAUAAAGUUGAGGUUAGUAAUUCUGAUUGUGGAACUUGCCCUAAUUAUCUGUCAAAGAUUGCCAUAGAAGAUGAUUCUAGUUCUGAGGGGCAUAAAGUUGAGGUUAAUAAUUCUGAUUGUGGAACUUGCCCUAAUUAUCAGCUGAAUAUGGAUACGAUUGAGAAGACACUUGGCGAGAGCAAUGUUUCCAAGGAAAAGGAGUUGUUAAACAUUGGUAACCAGAUGGAUACAGAUGAUUUGUUAAGUAAGGCAGAAGCAUCUAUGUUUGCUGUGGUGGAUAACAAGACUUUUGUAGUUAGCGAAGGAAAUAGUGAUAACAGAGCAAGCGUUUUCAGUUUCAAUCCAGUGGUUUCUACUAAGUCUUGUAUUUUGGGCGAGACUACUCAAGUAUGUGAAAAUAACAAAUCUAACAAGCAGGGUGAGCAUAAAUUUUUUUGUCAAGCUAUUUCUGUCAGUGACCAAGGGACUGAAAAGGCUCCAUUCGAUUCAAGCACAAUUCAUCAUGAUGUUGAUCCAUCCCAUCUUGCUAACGGGGGAGUUUGUUCAUCAUCUCUUGGUGCAUGUAGCAUGGAAGCCUCCACAGUGUCAGUUGAUAUCAUGCCCAUCAAUAGUUCAGAUCACCAUGAGCUUAAAAGGAUGAAGCAUGUUGGCGCUGCUUCUGUUGAUGAAAAGGAAGACUUUGAAGCCCAAAUAGUUGAGGAAGCAGACAUUUCUCUUCCUGUUGGAUUUUCUAAAUUGGAAGUUGAUCCUUGUCCUGUUGCUGGUAUCAAAAAUAAAAAAAAAUCCGACAGUACUGGACACAUACUAUGCGAGACAGACAACAUCUGUCAGCAUAAUUUGGAAAUUAGUGCUACUGAAAGUAUUGGUGAACCUCAAGAAAUACUAAGUGGUAUGGUUGAUCACGAGUGCACAAAAGAGGCUACUGUUGUUGCUGUUCUAUGUGAAUCAAAUGAGAAACAAGGUGAUGAGGUUACUGUUUCUUUUAUUAAGGAUGAUAAGGUGGCAAUACAAGAGCAUCAUGACAAGCCAUACUCGAAAUUAUCAGGUUCCAUAUCGUCUUCUGUUUCGGAUCCUCACAAUGAGUUGCAUGAGACUGGAGGUUGUCCUGCCAAUCCUUCAUAUAAUAAGUGUGGACUAUCUGCCACAUUUGGUAGCCCUCUUGAAACUGAAAAGGGUGUGAAUAUUAAGCCUACUGGUAAUAUGAACACACCAGUUUUUGAGUUCGUGAAUAAGGAUGCAAGAAACACAUCAUCUUCUGAUCAUGAUCACAAGGGAAAUGAUGUAUCUAAAGAUGGGAGAAGCCUAGCUCCUGAUGUUGAUCUAGUGACAAAUUCGUCCAAAAAAGACGUUACAGAUUUGACCCCAAUAGGAGCAAAAGCUGGUGAGAGGGGUCCUCUUGAAACUGAAAACAGUUUGAAUAUUAAGCCUAUUGCUAAUCUAAACACACCGGUUUUUGAGUUCACAAAUAAGGAUGAAAGGAACACAUCAUCUUCUGAUCAUGAUCACAAAGGAAAUGAUGUAUCUACAGAUGGGAAAAGCGUAGCUCUUGAUGUAGAUCUAGUGGCAAAUUCGUCCAAAAAAGAUGUUACAGAUAUGACCCCAAUAGGAGCAAAAGCUGGUGGGAGGGGUUCGUUUCCUGUUAUUGCAGCCGACAAAGAAUCAGUGGUUGUAGCAGAAUCUCCGCUGGCUUCUGAAUUAGGUACCCCCAAAUCGAAUGUAGCUAGAUUUGUACCUCAUGGAAGUCCACAAAUACCUGAUGGUGAUUUAGCACAAAGUGUUUCUAAAGGUACACCUGAGCGUAAAACCAGGCGAACACCUAAUAAGACUGCUGGAAAGGAAUCGUCUAGAAAAGGAAGCAAAGGAAAGACUCCAGCAAAACGGUCUGAAAAAGGGGAUAGUUCAACAAGUGUACCUCUGAGCCCAUCCUCUGGGUUCCAGCUGAAAUCCAACGAGGCACAUCAGUAUAGGAAAAUCGAUUCCAUCAGUACAAUGCCAUUUUCAGAUUUGAAUACCUCCGCUUCUCCGUCUGUUAUGUUUCAACAGCCUUUUAUGGAUGCUCAACAAGUACAGCUGCGGGCACAGAUCUUUGUCUAUGGAGCUUUGAUUCAAGGCAUAGUACCCGAGGAGGCCUAUAUGUUAUCGGCUUUUGGCGGUGCAGAUGGUGGACGGAACUUUUGGGAGAAAGCCUGGUCUUCCUGCUUGGAGAGGCAGCGGAGUCACAAGUCUCAUCCAAUUAACCCAGAAACACCACUGCAAUCACUAUCUGGUACUAGAACCCAUGAUUUGGCAGUUAAGCAAAGUGAACUGCAGGGAAAGGGUGUCUCUUCCCCUCUUGGCCUAGCCAGUAGCAAGGGCACUCCAACCAUUGUAAACCCUUUCAUUCCCCUGUCAUCUCCUCUUUGGAGUCUACCAUCUCCCGCACAGGCACUUGUUUCAUUGCAUCCUAAUCAAACUCCACCUCUGAGAAACUUUCUUGGGCAUAAUACAUCUAGGAUAUCCCAAUCUCCCUUUCGUGGACCAUGGAUUGCUUCUUCUACUCCUACACUUGAUAACAGUUCCUAUCUCUCUGCAUCACCUGUCACAGAUACAAUUAAGUCCAGUUCAAUCAAAGGAACUUCUGCACCUUCUUCCUCUAGUAUUAAGAAUGUCCCACCUAAUCUGCAAGCUUCUAAUGUAGGUCUACAAAAUGUGUUUCUGCCAACUACUCCUCUGUUUAAUACAAGCAAUGCAAUGGUAUCAUCUGCCCAUCGUUCUUGUGAUCCAAAGUCCAAAAAAAGGAAAAAGGUUACAACAGAGUCUGAGGAUCUUGGCCACAGGGUUAUGCAUUUGCAGUCCCACCUAGUAUCACCUCCUGUUGUCAGCAACCAUAUAUCUCCUGCUAACGCCACUGCAAUCCCUGUUGUGAAUGUGCCAGUAACGACUGUUGAAAAAUCAGUUGAGUCUGUAUCUCCUCUAUCUCUUGCUGAUCGCCUCAAAAGUGGCUGGAAUGUUGAGAAGAGGAUUAUGUCAGAUGAGUCUCUUACAAAAAUUGAGGAGGCAAGGAUAAAUGCAGAGGAAGCUUCUGCUCUUUCUGCAGCUGCGGUGAAUCAUAGCUUGGAGAUAUGGAAACAGUUGGAUAAGCAAAAAAAUUCUGGAUUGGCAUCAGAUAUUGAGGCCAAAUUAGCUUCUGCAGCAGUUGCAGUUGCAGCAGCUGCAGCUGUUGCAAAGGCAGCAGCUGCAGCUGCCAGUGUUGCGUCUAAUGCUGCACUGCAAGCAAAACUGAUGGCUGAUGAAGCAUUAAUCUUUUCUGGUCGUGAGAGUUCUUGUGGAACUUAUUUUUCGGAGGGUAUGAGUAACUUGGGAAAAGCAACCCCUGCUUCCAUCUUAAAGGGUGCAAGUGGAAUCAAUAGCUCUAGUUCUAUUAUCGGUGCUGCAAAGGAGGCUUCGAGAAGGAGAGUGGAGGCUGCUUCAUUUGCCAGAAAACGAGCUGAAAAUGUGGAUGCUAUUGUGAAGGCUGCUGAGCUGGCAGCAGAAGCUGUUUCACAGGCAGGAAGGAUUGUUACCAUGGGGGAUCUUUUGCCGUUAAGUGACUUGGUAGAAGCUGGUCCAGAGGGUUAUUGGAAAAUAUUCCAAGAGUCUUCUCAGCAAGUUGGGUUAUUGAAAGGCAUGAGCAGAGGUCCGAUGAAUGUUGACAAUCUAUACAGACCAGAAACCUCUCAAAUAUCUAACAGAGAUACCUCAUCUAUGGAAAUGGGGAAGCAGAUUGCUGCAAGUGAGGAGUCACCCUUUCAGAAGGUGCAUAAUGAGACUUCACUGGACCAUAUGAGAUCAGUUGAUGAAAAUAGUUCAAAUGGAUCAAGGGGCCGCAGGGUUUCUAAUUUAGUCAAUCCCAUUGACAUGCUUCCUGAAUCUGUGACUGAAAUACAGGCUUCUUUAACUGACCGUAAUGGACAUGGAAAUCUGGGGGAGAAUUACAUAAAAGAGGGCUCAUAUGUAGAGGUUUUUAAAGAUGGAAAGGGAUUUAAAGCAGCAUGGUUCACAGCCAAUUUAUUAAGUUUGAAGGAUGGUAAAGCAUAUGUAUGCUAUGACAGGCUUGUAGCUGAUGAAGGUGCAGGGCCUUUAAAGGAAUGGGUUUCACUUGAAGAUGAAGGAGAUAAACCCCCUAGAAUACGUGCUGCUCAUUCUCUUACCAGUUUUCAUUAUGAAGGGACAAGGAAGAGACAAAGAGCAGCUAUGGUAGAUUAUUGGUCCAUUGGGGAUAAAGUUGAUGCUUGGAUACAAGAAAGUUGGCAAGAAGGAAUUAUUACAGAAAGGAAUAAGAAAGAUAAAACAUAUAUUGUUCAAUUCCCAGCAAGCGGAGAAACAUCAGUUGUUGAAGCUUGGUAUCUCCGUGCAUCCCUCACUUGGAAUGAUGGGAAAUGGGUUGAGUCUCCUAGUGUGGGAGCAAAUGACAGUCCCUCCAAUGAGGGUGAUGCACCGCCCGAAAAACGGACUAAAUUAGGUAGUCCUGCACAAGAACUAGUAAAAGGAAAAGACAAGACCUCAAAAGGCACCUAUGCUUCAGAAUCAGCUAAUCCCAGUGAAUUAAGGUUACAUAAUUUGACUGAAGAUCAUAAAGUGUUCAAUGUUGGUAGGACCAUCAAGAACGAAAAGAACCCAGAUGCACCCAGAUUGGCAAGGUCAGGUCUUCAAAAAGAAGGACCAAAAGUGAUCUUCGGAGUUCCUAAACAGGGGAGAAAAAAGAAAUUUAUGGAAGUAAGCAAACAUUAUGUUGCAGGGGGGGCAAGUAGAAUUAAUGAUGGAAAUGAUUCAGAUAAGAUUGCAGAUUCUUUGAUACCACAUGCUUCAGGUUCACACGGAUGGAAAAAUAGUUCAAAGAAAGACACCAAAGAAAAAAUAGGAGCUGACUGCAAGCCCAUUUCCAAGUCUGGAAAGCCACGUAGCGUUUUGGGUAGAGUGAUCCCGUCAAAACAAAAACCUUUGUCAAACUCUCGUAACAAUGAUUUGACAAGUCGUACAGAAAGGUCGAGGGAUUCUUCAAGUCAUGCCAACAGUGCAUCUCAGCGUGAAAAUCAGAUGGAAAGGGCAUCCUAUUCUGAAACCCCAGGAGCUAGACAAACCUCAAAUUCCUCACGAGCAUCUUCAACCGAUUCUCAUCCCACUAAAAAGCCACUCACAUCAAGAGUAAGUAAAGGAAAACAAGCACAUGCUGAUGGAAGGUGGGGUAAAGUUGAAGUGGAAAAGGCUAUGAAAGGAAAUUCGGUGAGAUCAACCUCUGAAGAAGUUCCUGAGCCUCGUAGAUCGAAUCGUAAGAUCCAGCCAACAUCAAGACUAUUGGAAGGAAUCCAGAGUUCUUUAAUUAUCACAAAGACUCCUUCGGGUCCACACGAAAAAGGUCACAAAAACCAGAACCGGAAUACUCCUAGGGGAUAA